AUGGAGGGCGGAGAAGGGUCAGCGGGGGAGCCGACCAAGUACCGGGGCGUGCGGCGGCGGCCGUGGGGCAAGUUCGCGGCGGAGAUCCGGGACUCGAGCCGGCACGGCGUCCGGGUGUGGCUGGGAACCUUCGACACGGCCGAGGAAGCCGCCAGGGCGUACGACCGGAGCGCCUACUCCAUGAGGGGAAGGAACGCCGUGCUCAAUUUCCCCGACCAGGCGCACGUCUAUGAGGCCGAGGCACGGUCGGGACGCUCUUCUUCUUCGUCGUCGUCGUCGAAUCAGCAGCAGCAGCAGCAGAGUCAGGUGAUUGAGUUUGAGUACCUGGACGAUGAGGUGCUGCAGGGGAUGCUCGACGACCACGACAAGUCCGGCCGCCGGAACAAGUAAGCACGUACGUAUACGUGUACGUGUACGCGCGUAUACGUAGACGUAUACGUAGAUGUGUCUCCCGGCCUAAUGCAGACAUUGUAUGAGUGCUAUAUAUAUGCAGCAGCAGCUGGGGGGGUGCAGUGCUGUGUAUCGAGAUCAAAUUAACCAUGCGAUGCGAUACGUCGUCGACGUCGUCGCAUGUACGUAUAAUAGGUACGAUGAUAUCGAGCAUGCUGUAUAAGCUGCGCUAGCUGCUCAUAUCGAUGAGAUCAUCCUGAGGAUUUGAGGUUUCAUCGAGGUACUC